AUGACAAUCCUCAACCGAGAUAGCUUCUUCUCCACAUCCACGUCCACAACUUACCCUUCCACCUUAUCCAGUCUCACGCCGUCUUCCCUCGGUCUCACAGAUUCACCCUCUCAACUACGUAGACUUCCCGACGCCCAAAAACACGCCAGCACUCCUUCUCCUACUAGACGAGUGGAAUCUCCCCAUGGUCCCCGACUCGAUGAAAAGAACCAAUUGCGAAGAAGCAAUCUUCGACCGUCUCAAUCCAUAGAGUCGAUCACGCAGGAGACGAGCCAGUUAAGGAUUAGCCAACCGACAGUCACCAAACGUCCUUCCAGAUUGUCCGUGGUUUCUACCGCUGAACAACAAUCGCCGUCACCCAGAUUACAAUCGACUCCAGUGAGAACGAGUCAAACGACGGAACAGGCUUCCUUGACUGGACCCCGCACUCAACCCACGAAACUUCGAGCGGCCGCAACGCCUACUCCCAGCCAUGAAAGUAGAGCAAAAACCGCACCUCAAGCUGAGCAAGCCGUUGCGCCUUCUAGAGCAGAGCGCCGACCGGCUGAACGCGAUACCAGAUCCGUAGCUAUCCCUCAACGGAGAGAAGCGCAUUCGCUACCUCCCUCGGAACAAGUGUUGAGUCGGGCACGUCCUGCAAAGGUCCAAACCUCCACUCCUGCUCCCGCUGAAGACGGUAUGGCAGAUGAGUGGGAAGCAGAGCUGAGAGGUACAGCAACGAGAUUGGGUGAAUAUGGUGUUGGCAAACAAGUCACGGGAUACACCAAGGAGAGAGUAGAGCAGCGGAGAAAGGAUCAAGAAUGGGAACGAUCAGGGAUUUGGGCGUCUCAGGUAGACGCUGCUAGAGAGGCUGAAGAAAAAACACGUCGGGAGGCUGACAGGGCUAUAGCCUAUCCACCUAACAUGCCUCGGGCUCCUAUCCGAGCUGCACCCAGCGGUGUCACCUCCAUUCACGUAGGAGUUCGACCCCGUUUGCACCCAUCUAGAGCUGGUGCAUCGAUGGAGCGUAAUCAGCCCGAUGAGACUCUCCCUAUUCCUUUGUUCUCCCCUUUAGGAACUUACCAAGAGGUUGAACUUCCCGGUACAGAAUCACAAGGUCCUCCGAAGCUCAAGACGGUCUUACACGAAGCGGCCCAGUUGGAAAAGGCUCAAGCGGAGUAUGAAGCUUGGUUAAGUCGGAAACAAGAAAGAGAAGGUGGUGUGGGUGAUGACAACGAUGGGAUAGGUAGUCGCGAGUGGGUUCCCAAAAACCGUGAACAAGCUCGUCCAAGGAUACCUCAAAUGCCUCAAGUUCCACAACCUUCGUCCCUUCCCGUCACCCCGAAUGACGAUGGUCAAACCUCCAUGCUCGGAGGCGAUGCGACACAACAAUGGCCUUAUGGCUACCCGGGGUCGUACGCGUAUCCUUGGGCUGGAAUGCCGAACAUGACGGAAGCUCAAAUGUAUUCGAUGUGGGAUCCAAGUUAUUAUUGGUGGGCGAUGCAAAAUGGUCAAGCCAUGUACGAGCAGGAGGAAGCAGAUCAACAAAGCCAGAAUAAGCAAACAAAAGUCCAUUUCGCGGGAACACCAGAAGAACUUAAGCACAAGUCGUCAUCCGUUAGUUUGGCACAAUCUGAGCAAGUCAAGUCGGUCAACGGGGAAAACGGGUUUGCCGAAGUGUGA